AAUAGUGCGGAAAAUUGAGGCUCAAAAUAGAGCUACCUGAGUUGAGAUUUGCACAGGAGAAUAGUGAAAAACAGUAAUUGCACUGCCGACGGUGUUCGUCGAAGCAGUAAACGUGAAGGGCAAAGUCAUCUGGUGUGUAAAAAUUGAAAGUGAAAAACAGAUUAAGGUCAAACUAGGCGGUGCAUUUCGGCGGAAAACCACUUUCGUGUCAACCUGUCAGCUGAUCGCAGUCGUCCGUCGUUGAAAGUUAGACAACAACACCAAGCGUACUGUUUCGAACAGUUGUAGCAGGCAACGAUACUGAAGCUUGCCUUCGUUGGGCAAACACGUCUGACGCCAUGCACAUCAACAAUACGGAUGCGCUAAAGCUAUGGCUCACGGAGGUGCUGGAACCGCUGUGCGAUGCCGAUCCGGCUGCCUUGGCUCGGUACGUGCUCGCUCUCCUGAAGAAGGACAAACCGGAGAAGGAUUUGAUCGUGUCGAUGAAGGAGCAGCUCGACGUUUUCUUGACCGACGCGACGCAGCCGUUCCUCGAGCAGCUGUUUAAGGUGAUCAAGAGCGAGGAGUACCUGAAGACACCCGCUGCAGCAGUGUCUGCAGCGCCGGCCGCUGGGGUAGCGACGAGUAAUGGAGCGACCGUGGCGCAAGCGUCCUCCAUCAGCACCAGCACGACGGCUGCAGUGACCGGCACGUCAGUCGGGUCCGGUUCCACUAACCACACCGAGGAAGUGACCAGCAGCUCCCGAGUUCGAGUGAAGCGUGAAUUUACUCCACCCCUGCACGAGAGUGUUUCCCGUGCUGGGAAGGAUUCGUCCUCGACGACGGGCUCGUCCGCUGCGGCAAGCAGUGACCGGACGUCCUCACACCAAGGAUCCAAGGGACGUGAUACUACGUCGGGGUCCGGGGGACCCGGUGGCAGCAGCAGUAGCAGCAGUACCACCAGCAGCAGCACCGCGAACUACCACAAUACAGCGUCGGUAAGCAGCAUUACCAGCACCAGCCAGAAAUCCGCUUCCCGCCUGCAUUCACCCUCCAGAGGUUCCAACAAAGACGAUCAUAGCAAAGAGGGUGGUAACAGCGGAGGUAGUGGUAGUAACAACAGCAGUAACACCCGCCGUAGCCGCCGAACGCAGAAUCGAUCCCGCAGUCGAUCGCGAUCCCGUUCGCGUUCGUUCGAGCGUCCUCGCGAAACCCGUCGAUCGCGUUCCCGCGAACCUCCGUCGUCGAGGGUCCGUGGUGGCGGUACCGACUCCAAGUCCGGUCGCAAUACGUCGUCGUACCGGAACAAGUCUCCACCGGUCCGUGGCAGCGAUGGCUUCCGGAGGUACGAUCGCAAGGGUGGACACGCCAGCAGCAGUGGUGGUGGUGUUUACGAUCGGCGCAAUAGCACCGGUGGCAACAGCAACGGAGCAGGAGGCGGAGGUGGAGGAUCGAAUGCCGUGGGGAACAGCAGCAGUGGUGGUGGUGGUAACACAGUGUCCUCCGCGGUCGUUAACAGUCGCUCGCAGAAGAUUCGGUCGCACUCGCGUAGUCGUUCUCCGUCGCCGAACGCCGAUCGUCGGAAGAUGGCGCGUUCCGUGUCGCCGAACCGCGCUAGAAGUGGUGCCGCAGCGGCGGCGGUGGCGGUGGUGCCAAGCGAUGUGAAUGCCGUUGCUGUGGCAGCGGCGGGAGGAUUGAAUCCGGCACUUGGUCCCGUUCCCACGACGGGCGGUGUGCCGGUUGUGCCGGUCGGAGGCGGUCUCGUAGUACCGACGGUUGCUCCCGUGCCAGCCCCGUCGGCCGUUUCGCUCGAUCUCGUAAUGAAUCCUGUCGCCGGCGAGAGUGGACCGGUGGUGGCGUCAGCAGCGUUAGCGGCCGGAGCGCCAACCACCACGAAGCGGCAGCGUUGUCGCGACUUCGACGAGAAAGGAUACUGCAUGCGUGGCGAAACGUGUCCCUGGGAUCAUGGUAUCGACCCGGUCGUGCUGGAGGGCAUCAACAAUCCAACGCUGAUGGUCCAGAUCCGCGAUCCGGUCGUCGUGCCAGAGUACAAUCCUGACUCGCCCGGUUUGUGGAACAAACCGUCAAACCUUCCUCCGAUCGGUCCGGGCGGACGCCCAAAUAUGGCGAAACGGUUGGGUGGAGGCGGUGGAAUUGGAUUUGGUCCGCGCGGUCCUGGCGGUAUGGGGAUGAACUUCCGUGGGUUUGCACCCGGAUUUCCGGUGCCACCAGGUGGUGGCUUCCCGGGCAAUCCGAUCGGUGCGACGCCGCUCCAGCGUGAACUGAUCUCCGUGCCGGUGGUGGACGCGAAUAAAGGUGGUGACGUGUCGGCUCAGCACAUGCAUCGACGCUUCGAACCGGAGGACGCUGUGGCGAUAGCGGAUGGGCCACAACAGCACGGUGGAAUGGGUGGCGGCGGUGGUGGCAAACGCAAGAUGGCGAUGAGCAAUCGGCUCGGGCCGCGUGUCACCGGCGGUAUGCAUGGAGGCCCGGGUGGUCCGGGCUCAAUGCCGACGCACAACCCGCAGCAAAACUGCUCGCUAGAGUUACGUAAAAUCCCACGCGGAUUGAACGAAAUUUCGCACCUUAACGAUCACUUCUCGAAGUUCGGCAAGAUCAUCAACAUCCAGAUCCGCUACGAUGGCGAUCCGGAGGCGGCUAUCGUGACGUUUUCGACGCACGCAGAAGCGAACGUGGCGUACCGGAGCACCGAGGCGGUGUUAAAUAAUCGCUUCAUCAAAGUGUUCUGGCAUAUUCCGCCGGCGGGCGGUGAUCAACCGGCCAUCACGCCACCGGCCAAGACGGAGCACUCGCUGCGUCGCUCGUACCCGAACCAGUACAGCAUUAACAACAAUUUGAACAACAAAAAUGCAUCCUCCGGCGGCGCGGUGGACCCGGCCGGGAAGACGCUUCAGGUGGCGAAUGCUGGGAAGGAGGGUGGUAACGGAAGCCCCACCGUUGGUUCGGCGAAUGGAAACGAAAACCUCGCACCGCAACAACAGCAGCAACAGCCGGCACCGAAAGGACACAACGCGAACAAGUAUGUCAAUCCCGUGUCGGGAUUACCGGUCGGAGCGAACACCGGUGGUAGCAUCGUCGGUAACAAGAUUACGCGGGCGGCCAACGAGCUGCUGCGCAAGAAGCACGAGCAGUUCAACAAGGGCAUCCACGAGCGCAAGUACGGUCUGCUAGAUGGCUAUCUGAAGGAGCAAAGGAAGCUGCUGGAGCUGAUUGUGACGUACGAGGCGAGCGAUUCACGCCGCUCGCAGCUCAAGUCCUCGCUGGACGAGAUACAGGUAAAGAUCAACAAUCUGCGCAAGGAGAUCGAACAGGACCAGGCGCAGAGUCUGGCGAAGGUCGCGAGCCUCCAGCAGCAGCAGCAGCAGCAGCAGCAACAGCAACAGCAUCCGGCACACCAUGGUCCGAAGCAUCACCAUCAGCACAAGACGAAGGAACAGCACGAGAAGGAGAUGCUGGACGCCGAGCUGGAGAUGAUUGCGCAGGAGCAGCGCACCCUCCGCGGACCGGAUGGCGCAGUGGUAUCGGGAUCAGCGGGUGUUCCGCUUCCCGUUGCGCCCAGAGGAUCGCAACCGUUGGCGGCACAGUCGUAUGGCGGUGGACGAAAAGGAGGUCCCGCUGGAGGGCGAGUGUUGGCUCCGCCCGGCUCGACCAGUGUCGAUCGCCGUCCGACGACGAUCGCCGUGACCGGGUUUGAGGCGGACGACGCCGAGGCGCUGCUCGGACACUUCAAGCAUUUCGGCGAGAUCACGAAACACCAGCUGGACGAUACGGUGCCAUCGCUCACGAUCAGCUACAGCACGCGCCAGGUGGCGGAGAAGGCGCUGGCACGCGGCAAGCUGUACAACGACAAAACGCUUACCAUCGCCUGGUGCACGACGACGACGACAACGGCGGCGGUGCCCGCGGUGAACAACCCGAUGUCGACGACGCCGGCCAUCGCUGGUGCCAUCCCCGCCGCCGACCACGGUAAGGACGGGGGGGUGAAUCCCCCUCUCGUUGAUUCUAGCAGUGGCGAUGACGCAACGAUGACGACCCAAGUGGCGGCCGAUGACGACGCGACGUCCAAAGCCGACGGUGGGACGACGACGGGCCCGGCGGGUGGUGGCGGUGCCGACAUCAUCCACUCAUCCUCGAUGGAGACCCUGAACGAGGCGGACGACCUAUCGGAGAUGCCGCUGGUGGUGGAAGAGGAGGAGGAAGAGGACGACAUCGAACCGGAACGUUCCUGGCGUCGUUGAUAAUACCAGCCCCCUCUGUGUAAGAACGCGGUUUUUAAAGGGGCGGGAGCAAACCUUCGGGUUUGGGAAUCGGUUUUAUUUUCUAUUUAACAUAAUUAAAACACCCUUCCUAUCAGACAACAUAACACUCUCUCAACCCCCACACACCCUGCCACAUAGAGAGACAUCUUGAAAGUCAAAUGAACGUCUUUCGCAAGGAAGGAGAUUAGUAGAAGCUUUUGGUGUGUUUGUGUUUUUUUUAAUCCUUGCGAAAUGAUAAAUCAAAUCCCCCUCCCCCUCCCCCGUACUAAUUCACGAUUGUUUUUUACUUGCAAGCGUUUACAUUGUUAUUGUAUUUUUUUUUUCGAUGGAUAAGUCCCUAAUUUAGUGUAGUCCCUCUUUCGCUACUCUCGACGAUGGCGACGGUUUUCUAAUGCCGCUUUCAAAAGCCUACCACGCACCGACCACAAGCUUUGCCCCGUUUGUUUUCUUUACUUCUGGUCGGUGCUGCUGAAAAGCUUCGAAUGUGCUAUCGUCAAUCGUGGAACCGGGUCGAAGAGACCGAGAGAGUGCGAAGGGUGUAUGAGAGUUGUAUAAGGCAUUAUAGUACACGAUUUAUUUUAGUCAUGUAAUAGAUAUAUUGGUAAACAUUUUGCCCCAGAAUCAGAGAAAUUAAAUUAUAAUGUCAUUAGGAAACCAACCGAGCUAGGGAGAGGUCACAGACACACCACGACACCCUCCGGUGCGUGUAAGGUGUGCUCUCGGAUUGUAGCAUUUGUUAUUCUUUUUUAAUAGCUUUUUUUAAUUUUGUCUGCUUUAGUGGACCGGAAGGAUUUUAUCGCUGUGGAAGGAUUAAGAUUUUGGUUUGCUUUUGAGUUUUGCUUCCAUCGUGGCAGCACGUGUGUUUUGCGAGAGUUUGUUUCGAAACCAUUGUCACGUUUCGAAUGGUUCUAGAUUGUUGUUGUUUGGGAUCCCCAUGGAAGGUGAAGGCCAUGGUAUAGAGCGUGGUACGAUAAACUAGCGUCGUUGAUUUAAAAAACCCACAAGAGUCUCGCAUAUACUCAUUCAAAAAUACUGCAGCAUAUUCUGAAAAACCCCCCUCCCGAGCGAAAGUACACGAGUUGGUAUCAGCUGUAGGGAAAGGUACUUGUUCUCCACUUUUUUGUCUCAACGACGGCGUAGUCGUGUUAGAUAGCAAUCGAUGUGUUGUAGGAAUACGAUUUGUACUCGGAAUAGGCAUGGAAAACGCGUAACAACCAACGAAGUCGAGCGUUCGAAUGGCAGUUUGUGCAAACGACAAAAAAAAAAAAACUAUCAUAUAACCUGGGUUGGAUAAACAAUGUAAAGCAAUUGUAAGACCAAUGUCUUCAUCUGCUUCCCAUCGUUACACCCCGUCCGCGGGGUGAAAUGAAGGGUAUGCAGACAAGCUUGGUCAGCAAUAUACGUAUACAAAAGCUUUGUAAUAGCCCGUAAGUUCAAAGUCACGCGAUACACGCGAUCGUGGCUUGAUAAGAUUUGAUGAUGAAAAAAAGUAAUGAAUUGAAAAGAUGGAUCUAAAAAAAACAAACAAAAAAAAACUGGAAAGAAAACACAACAUGAAAACAAUCGAAUGGAAACCACACGAAAAAAAGAAAACUCUUCAAAUGGAAACACUGGAAAAAAAGAAACUAAAAGAGAAAAAAAAAAUAAUCCAUUCACGAUAAUGUGGUAAAAUCCAUCUGUGGCAGAAAAGCAAAAGAAAAGAAAACAAAAUGCAAAGAAAGCGUUACAAAAAGCUAGCAUCCUAAAGUAAUAAUAAUGAUUAAUAAUAAAUAAAGAGCAUUAAAGAAAUGAUUUCAAAACAGAAAUUCAAAACGCAAACACAACUCACCUCUGCGAUAGGAGUUGUAAUAGUCAUACAAACAAAA